ACCCAGUGUUCUCUCUCUCAUGAGCUGUGCAUUUCAUGUUCUCUUGGGGAGGAGCUCUCUUUCUGAGGCCCCUUUCGUAGGUUUCGGAAAACAUUUCGCCGAAAUUAUUGCUCAUACUGGGAGAGGGGAUCAUUCUACGUGUGUGAGCCCAUAAAAUUUCGCGAAUUUCGGCUUAUAUAAACCGCUAUUUUCAGUGAAAUUUUCAGUGCUGGCGUUUGUGACAAGCAAUGGCCUUUUGGGGGGGAGCGUUGCUCUUUGUUUUGGUCCCUUGGCUUUGUUUUCAAGGAGUUAGCUGCUUACAACGAGCCCCGAGCUACACUUUUGUUCACGAGGCCACAAGAGCUCCUCCAUUGUCGCACUAUGACUACAUAAUCGUGGGCGGGGGCACCGCAGGGUGCCCUCUUGCAGCCACCCUGUCCCAUUCUGCCAAAGUACUACUACUAGAGCGUGGGGGCUCACCAUAUGGCAACCCCAACAUCACCAACCUAGCCACCUUUGCAGACACCUUGGCCGACCUCGCUCCGGACUCCCCUUCUCAGCGCUUCAUUUCAGAAGAUGGUGUCAUAAGUGCCAGAGCCCGGGUUCUCGGUGGAGGAAGUUGCUUGAAUGCAGGAUUCUAUACCAGAGCUAGUCCUAACUACGUGAGGGAUGUCGGAUGGGAUGGACCGCUUGUAAACCAGUCAUAUCAGUGGGUCGAGCGCAUCGUCGCCUUUAAGCCCCCAAUGCUCCAAUGGCAGAGCGCGGUGCGCGAUGGAUUGGUGGAAGUAGGGGUUGGUCCUUACAAUGGCUUCACUUACGAUCAUAUGUACGGGACCAAGGUUGGCGGCACCAUCUUUGAUGUGGACGGGCACCGGCACACCGCAGCCGACUUGCUCGAGUAUGCGAACCCGACGGGGCUCACAGUGUUGUUGAGGGCGGUUGUUCAUCGUGUGAUGUUCAGGACCAAAGGGAAAUCCAAGCCUGUAGCCCAUGGCGUCGUGUUCAGGGAUGCCAAUGGCAUUAAGCAUAAAGCCUACCUCAACAAGGGAUCGAAGAACGAGAUCAUCAUCUCAGCCGGAGCUCUCGGGAGCCCUCAGUUGUUGAUGCUUAGCGGCAUCGGCCCACAAGAUCAACUAAGAUCGCUAGGCAUCAAGGUUCUGAUCAACCAGCCGAUGGUGGGGCAAGGCAUGUCCGAUAACCCUAUGAAUGCCAUAUACGUACCAUCCCCAUUGCCGGUCGAAAUCUCUCUUAUACAGGUUGUGGGCAUCACGCGUUUGGGAACGUACAUUGAGGCUGCGAGCGGCUCGAAUUUUGCAUAUUCGACCACUGGUGCUGAGCAAAGCCGUCCGCAACGCAUGAACUUUGGCAUGUUCUCGCCUCAGACAGGGCAAUUAGGCAUUGUUCCUCCGAAGCAACGCACUCCUGAGGCCAUAGCCAAAGCAGUGGCCGCCAUGGAUAGCUUAGAUGAAGGUGCUUUCAGGGGCGGCUUUAUCCUUGAAAAGAUCUUGGGCCCGGUCUCGAAAGGAGAACUAAGACUAAGGAAUAGGAACCCAUCAGACAACCCACAAGUGACCUUCAAUUACUUCAAGGAGCCCGAGGACCUCAGGCGGUGCGUAAAUGGGAUACGAAUAAUCGAGAAAGUAAUUAGUUCAAGAGCAUUUUCAAAGUUCAAGUACCCGUACCUUAGCCCCAACACUCUCAUCAACAUGACUGCAAGUUUCCCUGUGAACUUGGUACCGCACCACAGUAACGACUCGACGUCUCUAGAGCAGUUUUGCAAGGAUACAGUGAUGACUAUAUGGCAUUACCAUGGAGGUUGUCAUGUUAACCGGGUUGUGGACCAAGAUUAUCAUGUGCUCGGUGUCGAUGCGCUUAGGGUGAUCGAUGGCUCGACAUUUAAUUACUCUCCGGGGACCAAUCCCCAAGCCACUGUUAUGAUGCUUGGGAGGUACAUGGGACUGAAGAUUCAAAGAGAGAGAUUGCAUGCAAAUGAGAGUGAAGAUUUAAAGAUGGAGAAGGGAGUAUAAAUGAUGACAUUUUACGCAAUAAAAUAAUAAUGGGCACUUAAAAAGUACAUAAAUUAAUGUAUCAAUUGUGAAAAUGUGCUCCUAUUAGGCUAGUCAUUGAUGUAGAUUGAACUCAUGAAUUUAUUUUCUCUGAGUGCUUGGAUUAUUGGAAGGUACUAUUCUUAGAUCUCAAAGUUUUAUGUUGUUUCUAUGCA